UCCGCGCUCCGGAAGCUCAAGCUAGCCGCUGAAUAAACCGUAGAGCCUAGUCGAGGAGGGUGAACUUUCUUUUCCCAUUAACUACGCUGUUGCAUUUGUUUGCACGUAGGUAAACAUUAUCGAAGAUCGUUUUCUAUCCGAAAUGGAGUCCUCUGAGCACGGCUCUUCAAUGUCAUCUGCAGGAGUAGCCAGUGGAGGGACACUACCACCAGGCCUGACAGAGGAGGAGGCAGAAGAGAUACAGCUGGAGCUCAUCAAGGUGGAGGAUGAGAUUCAGACACUUAGACAGGUUCUCGUGGCGAAGGAGAGGCACGCUGCUGAGCUCAAGCGCAGACUUGGCAUCAGUUCCCUCUCCGAAAUCAAACAGAACCUCACUAAAGGCUGGCAUGAUGUUCAGUGCUCCAAUGCUUAUAUGAGAACCUCACAAACUCUUGGAGACUUGAAUCGUAGAGUUGCCUCAUCUAAUUUAUACCUUACAGCUUCGGCCACAUUUGAGGAAAUUGGACGCUCUGAUGCGUAUAAGAGAACUCAGGAGACUCUUUCUCAGGCAGGUCACAUGACAUCAGCUGCAUUCUCCUCAGUGGGCUCUGCCAUCCGAAACCGAUUUGGAGAGAUGAGGGCUCUGCCGUACUCAAACUCUGGUAGCAACUUUUCCAUGCGUCACUCUUUAAGUAUGCCAGCUAUGAGGAACUCGCCAAGCUUUAAAUCCUUUGAGGACAAGGUGGAGAAUAUGAAGUACAAAGUAAUGGGGCAAUCAAAUGGAGAAGAGAGCAACCAUUCAUCAACCAGCAACAAUGCACCUUUCUGAGAAGGACGCAAAACCUCAUGACCAAGAACUGACCUCUGUGAUCCUUCUUUAACGCUGCACCCAAAUACACUCCAGUCUCUCUACUGCUAAGUUAUCUUCAAUGAAUGUACAGAUGGAAAACGAUGCUUUAAGAAACUAAGAUGCCAACAUGCAAAGAGAUAAUGAUUACUUUAACAACUGACACCCUUGAAAUUCAUUGUAGCCGAAACCUCUUAAAUAAGAUUAUUUGUUUAAAAACUGAAUUACCCUUUUUUUGGGGGAAUGUUAGGUUUUCUUCUGUGCAUCAAAUUACCUUUAAAUUGUUUGUAAUAUUUUGCUUCUCUGACACUUCAGUAGUACAUUGUCUGUUACGAUCGACAUGAAGAGGUCAAAUGUUUGCACAGCUCACAUUUAGAAUGUCCUGAAACACACCAGGCUUCUUUGAGCCUGCUUCGUUGUCACUUGUUUAUUAUUGUUUCAUGCUUCCUACACUGAAAAUUGCGCUGGUUAUUACCCUGCUUGUUACUCAGGGCAAAAGGUGCUAAAGCUUUCCUUGAGACAAGACUCAAGCACCAGAUCUGUCAUCUCCGAAGAUGUGUACUAAAUUAUUUACUUUUUUUUUUUUUUUUUCCCAGGUUGCCGGUUUCCUAAUAAAAAAUAUACUACAAUGUGUUGUAGAAGAUUUGACAUUUGAGCUAUUUACUUUAAAAAGUUUAUUAUGAGCUGAAUUAUUUAUUCUUGUUCUUUUGGUACUUGAUUAAUACCUUUUGUAGUUGUUUUUUUUCUUUUUCUCUCUCUCGCUGUGAAUAGGUAAAAUUUAUUUUCCCAUAAAGGUAUUUGGUGAAAAGAUGGGGUUUCUAAAUGAUUUAAUUACUAAUCAGAUGCAAUACUAACAUUUCCAAGCGAAGUAAUUUAAUUAAAUAAUUGAAUCAAAUAUUGUGGGCAAAAGGUCAAUUUCACUGUGAGGUUAUGGAAAAGACGAUUUUAGUUUUUUGGGGGGUUUUUUGGGGGUCAAUUCAUUAUUUUUCUGUUGAUGGGAGUACUGUCCAUGCAAUGAUCUGUAAGAGAAUGUUAUACUGACCUUACUACUGUAUACAUGUUUAAUGCUUUGUGGCUGUAACAUACUACACAAUUCAGGGUUUAUUAAACACAAAAAAUAACAAGAAUGUUGUGGUUUGAUGUGUCCAUGCGAACUUAAAGAAUAAACCUUAAAUUUCA